UAUCUUCUUCAGAUCUACCAAAAAAGGACAAAACUGCAUAAUUUAAGAUACUUCAUCGGCAUACCAGGAUGAUCAACCAAGACCGUCCGCAUUUCAUAAAGCCCAUUAACGACGAUUUUGGGAAAGAAUUUCUUAUUCCUUUGAAGUUCAUGCGCCACUUGGAACCAACAAAUGAUCUAACUGCACUGAUAAGAAGUCCAACAUCAAAGAACUAUUAUGUCAGGAUUGACGGGAGAAAGAUUGAAAACAAUUGGGCACAAUUUGCAGUGGACCAUGAUCUUCAUCUACAUGACAUUCUGAUGUUCGAAUACACAGACAAUAUGGUAUUCAAAUUAAUGGUUUUCGAUUCAGAUGGUCUUGCAAAGGAAUUUCGACAACCAGAUGAAGACAUCCCAGAAGAAGCGAAUAAGCCAAAGUUCAAAGCCAUUAUAACACCUUCAACUCUGAGAGACAACAGAUUGCUCAUCCCAAUAGCUUUUGCAAGAUCAACUAACCUAGCAGACAAAAUUCGACAACACUGAAGUAAUUCUGAUGAAUGAAAAGGGACAACAUUGGACCGCACAUCUUAAAAAGAAGAGAUCACGACCAGUUGUCUAUAUCGGAAUUGGAUGGACAAGAUUCAUGGCUGAUAAUGACUUGAAAAAAGGAAAUUCUUUUGUCAUGAAACUGCUUGACAAUGGUGUGAGACCAACAUUUCUUAUUCAAAAGGAGGUACUCCAGGCAUGAAAAGCAACUACCUUAUCAAAGAAACGAUGGCAUCCUUCAAGUUAAAUGUAAUCCUGGAAAUAUUCUUAUUACCUUAGCUUGGGUACUAACUUAUGUUAUGGAUGUUGUAAUAGACCAUCAAUGUCGUUCAAUAUUAGGAUAUUAUGAUGGC